AUGCUUGAUACAAUUCUACGCCUCUCUGUCUCUGGCGGCCUCCAGCUCCUGUCUGUGGCCUUCUGCUCAUACGUUGUCAUAUGGGUGGUGUAUACUCGCUUCUUCCAUCCACUAUCCAAAUUUCCAGGCCCAUUCCUCGCUUCCGUCACAGAUUGGUGGUACUUCUUCUCGCUUCGCCUGAAGUUCAUCGACAACCACCGCUACACCCUGCACCGCCGCUAUGACACCCCAGCAUGCCGCGCCGUGCGCAUCCGGCCAAAUGCGGUCUCGAUCUCCGACCCUCGUGCCAUGGACAUUGCUUUUGGCCAUCAUCCUCUCUGGGUGAAGUCUGAGUUCUACGAGAGCUUCAAUCCCCACAUCUCUGGUGGGAGGGAGUUGUUCUCAAUGCGAUCUGGCGCAGACCAUGGACCACUGAAGCGGAUUGUUGGUCCGCUUUUCUCUGUGAAGACGAUGACGGACUAUGAGCCGUGUGUGGACCGCACUAUAGCUUCGUUUCGUCGCAGACUUGAUCUGGCAAGCCAAGGUGGGCAGACAGUGGCUCUGCCUCGAUUGUUCAGCCAGUAUACUCUUGAUGUCAUUGGGGAGGUCUUCUGGGGGAAAGAGGGCGGCUUUGGUGGACUGGUUAACGACGUGGACUACAAGUCUUGGUCGUGGAUGCUGAGCAACAUGAUCGGACCAUUGUCGGUCACCGGCUACGCACCACGAGGCAUGAGGACUCUGUACCUCCUGACCCAGCUGGCCUCGAGCUCAAAGGUCAGAGGAGGCAUCAGCAGCCACGAGAAACUCGUUCAGGAAGCGAAAGAUGCUGUCUCACAAAAGGUUCGUGAACGGCAACGUCGAAAAGCUGGAGAUCCUGAGAAGCAGUCUACCGCAGGCGCUGGGACGCCCCGCUCCCUGAUGGACAGAAUGCUAGAUAUCGUCGAUGAGACUGCACACAAAGAAGGUCCGCAGAAGUUUACUGAGGGUGAUACUGCGGCUCUAAUGUAUGAUAUGCUUAUGGGCGGCUUCGACACCACUUCAAUCGCCCUCCAACACGCCUUCUACAACCUCCUCCGCAAUCCACACUACUUCGCAAAACUCCGAACAGAAAUCGACGCCGCAUACGCCGACGGAACGCUCCCUGACACAGGCGAACUUCGCUACCUCGACACCCUCAAGCUUCCCUUCCUGGGCGCCUGCAUCCAAGAGUCCUGGCGAUUGACAAUGGGUGUCUUUGGCUUUCCCAGAACUGUGCCUCCAGGCGGGUGCGCGCUCCCUGACGGCACUACUCUGCCAGGCGGCGUUGACGUAACUCUAAAUCCCGACGUUGUGCAUUUCGCAACUGAGAUCUUCGGCGAACGCCCCGAGGAGUAUAUUCCUGAGCGGUGGCUUGUCGACACGAACGUCAAAGACCAGGAAGCAGAGAAAGAGAGAGUGCGACUGAUGGAGCACUACUUCUGA